CACAUACUUAUAUGUAUGUCCUAUAUAUAUAUACACAAUUCUUGCACAGGAUCCUAUUGCUCUACAAACUCCAAUACUCAAAAGUUUCCCUUCAUAUCCCACGUAAAAAGUCCUUCAACUUUUAGUUGUGUGAACUAACAAGCUCAUUUCAAUCAUAGUUUCAACCGUUGGUAUUCUAAGGUGGAUAGUUGAUUUGGCUCCAUUUAUGAGAUGGGGUUAGUCAGGAAUCCUAAUAUGAAAAGUGGAGAGUAUUUGGAAGGUAUGUUAAGUGACUACAUGGGAGGAAAAGCAAAGAUGAGAACACCAAAAAGUUCUUCAACUAAGCUUGUGACAGUGUUAACUUGCUUACAAUUUGCUUUUGCUGUUUAUGCAACAUUUCUUCUGUAUUACAUGAGUCCAUCAGUAGAUUUAAGGACUAAACCAGACUUUACAUGGGCUACGCGAAUCGCGCAGUCAUGGAAACACUUCAUUAUACCUCCACAUGUUGUUAGUCAUUAUCAAGAAGUUAAUAAAACAGAAAUCCAACUAAAGCCAAUUAGUCCUUCUGAUGUUUGUGAACAUGAGAAGAUUGAUUUUGAGCAGAAGAAAUCUAAUGAUGCACUUAUGAUCAAGUUGAAGACAGAACUUUAUCAAGAACUAAGAGAUUUUCAAGGCAAGAAUCUUGGUACUGAGACUCUUUCUGAGCUAAUGGCAAUGAAGUCUAAGUGGGAUUUGCGCGGUCCAAACAAGCCAAAAAUCACAGUGAUCUUGAACCAUUUCAAGAGGAAAACUCUGUGUUCUCAACUUGAUUCUUUGCUUGGACAAACUCUCCCAUUUCAUCAUGCUUGGGUAGUUGCAUUUGGAAGUCCUAAUGAGCAAUCACUUAAGAAUAUUGUAGAUAGUUACAAUGACUCAAGAAUAAGUUUUAUCAGUUCAACUUAUGAUUUUAAGUACUAUGGAAGGUUUCAAAUGGCUUUGCAAACAGAAGCUGAUCUGGUAUAUAUCGUAGACGAUGACAUGAUUCCAGGGAAGAAAAUGUUGCAAAUUUUAGCACAUGUAGCAGGGACAGACAAGUACAAGAAUUCUGUUUUGGGAAGCAUUGGUAGGAUUUUGCCAUUUAGACAGAAGGAUUUUACUUUUCCGAGCUACAGGAAGUUUCGAUCCAAGGAAGCCGGGCUUUAUUUGCCUGAUCCUGCUUAUAAUAUCACUGUUGACAGAAUUGUUCAGGUGGAUUUCCUCUCCAGUUCUUGGUUUCUUUCUGCUGAACUAGUCAAGACACUUUUCAUCGAAACGCCCUUCACUUUCAUGACAGGAGAAGACUUGCACUUAAGCUAUCAGCUUCAGAAGUAUAGAAAUGCUGGAUCAUUUGUGCUGCCAGUUGAUCCAAAGGACAAAGAAACUUGGGGUGACAGUGAGCACAGACUUGCUUAUGUAUCCGAAACCACUGUUAUAUUCAAGGAUACAGUUCAAGUCCGGGACGACCAAUGGUGGAAAGCACUCUCCACCGGUUAUGUAACACAAUGGGCAGCAAUGAAUCCUCAGAAAAUUGAUGCACUUUUCUAUGCCCACUCUGUCGAUGAAGUUAAAGCACUCGCGCCUCUUCUUGAGAAAUUCAGGUCAACUGUUGGAAAGAAGGCCUACAUUGUUGUCUCAGGAGGCAGCUUCUGCCCUUGCGAAGAUGCUGUUACAGCUUUAAACUGGCCUAAGGUUGUAUGCAAAGAAAGAAGAUUCAAGAUUAUGGAUUUAGGAGUUGGUGCUCUAUCAACUAUUUCAAAUUCAGAAGUGCCCGUCGUUCAAGCAGUCUAUGCUAGCAUGAAAGGACUAAUCAACAUUCAUAACCCGAGCCUUGUGAUCACAGUAGCUGAUGCAGAUCCUAAUGUGAAGAAAGCACUCAAGAUGGCUACAGAAGCUAACACAAACAGUUCAACUUUGGUCCUUUUACCUAGAUCAUCGGUUACUAAGGUUCUUUGGAUGGCUGAUAUUCGGUCCACAGCAUUGCCAAAUUGGAACCGUAUGAGGCUUUCCAUAAAUAUCAUCACACAGAAUAGAGCUAAUUCACUAGCAAGGCUUCUCAAGGCUCUCAGCGACGCAUACUAUAUAGGCGAUGAAGUUCCUAUUACUUUCAACAUGGAUAGCAAAGUGGAUGAAGCAACUAUAAAGCUUGUUAACUCAUUCAAUUGGCCUCACGGGCCUAAAACUCUUCGAAGGAGAAUCAUUCAAGGAGGCCUAAUUCGAGCUGUUAGUGAGAGUUGGUACCCUUCAUCGGAUGAUGAUUUUGGCCUAUUACUCGAAGAUGAUAUCGAAGUCUCCCCUUACUAUUACCUCUGGAUCAAAUAUGCUGUCUUGGCCUACCACUAUGACCCUCAAAUAUCACUUCCUGAGCUCUCAUCAAUCUCUCUUUACACGCCACGGCUGGUGGAAGUUGUAAAAGAAAGGCCUAAAUGGAAUGCAACGGAUUUCUUUAAGCAAAUUCAUCCAAACACACCUUAUCUCCACCAAUUGCCUUGUAGUUGGGGUGCAGUUUUCUUUCCCAAGCAAUGGAAGGAAUUCUAUGUUUACAUGAACAUGAGGUUCACUGAAGAUGCAAAGCAAAAUCCUGUUCAGAUACCAAAAUCAAGAACAAAUGGUUGGCAAGCUUCUUGGAAAAAGUUUUUGAUAGAUAUGAUGUACUUAAGAGGGUAUGUUAGCCUUUAUCCGAACUUUCCAAAUCAAACGAGCUUUACAACAAAUCAUAUGGAACCAGGUGCACAUAUUGCUGCUAAGGAGAAUGUGGUUAAGCAUAACAAGGCUGAUUUUGAAGUGCCAUUGCUAAAGGAAGAUUUCAAGAACCUUUUGCCAAAUGGAAAAAUGCCUCCGGUUUCAAAGUUGCCUUCAUUGAACCUCUUCAAUCAGCCUGUUUCUCUUAAAGGCUUAAAAGCAGCAGGAGCAAAACUAGGGAAAGAUGUUAUUCAAUGCAGUCCAAUGGAGAUAGUAGCCGUUCACCACGAUACAGGUUUACCUUCACAUUGUGCAAGAUUCUGAAAACUCCAUACUCGUCCGAUGAUCACAAAUUAAUUCUUUUGUUUUCUCUCCCAAAAUCUGUUUUGGUGGGAGAGAAAGAUGAGGCUUUGAUUCAGCUUUAUUUCUCAUGCAAGGAAGGGGAAUAAGGAUUCUUUAUGAAUGAUUGCAGAUGAGAAUUAUAUAGGUACUCUUGUAAUAUUGCAGCCAAAAUUGGCUUUCUGUAUCAUCUUCUUUUGCAUCAUUCUUGCAAUCAAUGAAAGAAAUGAAGACAAAUUCUUC